UGGGCGGCAUAUCGAUUUAAUAAAUUAUUAUUAAAUUAUUAUUAAUAUUCCUGUCCUGAAUGGAGGACCUUUUGUAGAUUCUGAAUGAAGCUGCAAAGCUUGUAUUAACCUACAAUGUCUCUAUUUGCAGAUGGACAUAACCAGCAAAGUUUUCCCCUAGUACUAUUUUGGAUAUUUCUUUGAAAUUCCUGGAAACAAUGAAAAUUCAACUCAGGAGCGAUGCUAUCUGCACACUUUGCCUAGUGGUAGCUCUUUUCACCAUGCUGUACUCCCAGUUGGGCCACACAUCCCAUAGAGAAGAAAAAGUAGAAGGCCAGAAGAAGACCUCAACAGCAACACACAGGGAUUCCCGUGUUCUUGCCGUUCUCCAGAAAGAGUCAAAUGUGCAGACUCAGGCAUCGGAGCCUAGAAUCAUCUUGCCUAUGAAAGAUGCCAAGUUGGAAAGUCAAGAAGACCAAGUCACCCAUCCAGCACUCUUGACACAUUCCACAUUUGAUUUUGGACUUUACCUUAGGAAUAAAGACAACAGGAAAUUCAAACUUCUCAUUAAUCAGCCAAAGAAGUGCAUGAGAAGCUCAGAAAGGCCUUUUUUGCUCAUUGCCAUAAAAUCGCUGGUUGAGGAGUUUGACCACCGUGAGAUUGUACGCAAAACAUGGGGAAGAGAAGGCCUGGUAAAUGGGAUGCAGGUCCAAAGAGUUUUCCUCCUAGGAAUUCCAAAGAAUAAGACGGCAUUGCCAACAUGGGAGACCCUGGUGCACCAAGAGAGCCAGCUGUACCGGGACAUUUUGCUGUGGGACUUCCUCGAUACUUUCUUCAACUUGACCUUGAAAGAGAUCCAUUUCCUAAGCUGGGCUGAUGAAUUUUGUUCCAGGACCAAGUUCAUAUUCAAAGGUGAUGCUGACGUUUUUGUCAACAUGGAAAACAUUGUCAAUUUCCUUGAAAGCUGCAAUCCUUCUGAGGACCUCUUCGUUGGGGAUAUCAUCUACAACGCACAACCGAUCCGAGUCCGCAAAAGCAAGUACUAUAUUCCAGAAACAAUGUAUGGACUAGGUAUGUACCCAGCCUAUGCUGGGGGUGGUGGGUUCUUAUUGUCCAUCAGUACCUUGAAGAAACUUGCUCAAGCUUGUACUCAAGUGGAACUCUUCCCAAUUGAUGACGUCUUCUUGGGCAUGUGCUUGCAAAGAAUCAACCUGAAGCCCACCUUGCAUGAAGGGUUCAAGACUUUUGGAAUACCCAAACCUUCUGCAGCUCCCAACCUGCAGACUUUUGACCCUUGCUUCUACAAAGAUCUCAUGGUAGUCCACGGUCUGAAGAUAGCUGAAAUCUGGCUCAUGUGGAAUCUCCUGCACAAUCCACGGCUCUCUUGCACCCAAAACAAGCACAUAAGGAAAGCUUUCCGGUGGAAGAGGAAAACUAAAGACACUGCCAAAAAUUAUGCUGCCUAAGGACUGGUGGACACCAUGGCUGGGUUUUCACAGGGAUAUCGAAUUACCCUUUUUCUGGGUCCAUGCAAUACAUUGAACCAUAAAGCAACCAGUGGGAUUGAUUUGGCACCAUGUGCUAGCCCACAAACCAGCCAAGGUUAACACUAAUCAAGCUUAGCAUGUUGCGUGAAGGCAGGAGCUAAGUCCUCAACUGAUCUGGUUCAGCCCUACAGUUUAACACUGAGCCUUGAGGGCUAUUUAGUAUAGUAUCCACAGGGUGAGAUAUCUGAAACACAACCAUCCCAGCUCAUCUUUUCUAGCCAAUGUCAGACACGAAGCCACCUAGUAAUAUGAACUCAUCUAUGCAAUUCUUCCCAAAGUAAUUUUAUUAACCGGAAGUCCUUCUGAUUACUCUUUUGGAGACAUGACCAUCAUAAGAGAAUUCCCAGAAGCAGACAACCACAAAAUGCACCCUGUUGGGUCAUUUUUUACCCAACACAUUGGCUGGUUUUGUGUUCAAUGGGUCUGCUGUUGCUAUAGUACUUUAUGAUGUCUGAUGUAAUUUAUUUGGUAAGCUUGCAGUGAUGUGCUCGGGGAAAAGAGCCAUGUUGCACAGCCAUCAUAUGCCAGUGAAGA